CGAGCUUUUUUCAACGUCUGCCUAGAAUAACCAAAUAGCUUUUCGGUGACUUUCCUUCCAGAUUCAUCCUCUCUAACUUUAGAUCUCUUACAUUGCAUCAUUGCAGGCUCUGCAUAUUUCUUCAGUCCUCUUACAUCUGGAUUUGAAUUGAAGUUGGCAUAAAAGAUCUAAGGUGUUGCAUCCUGAUUGGUGAAGAUAUUGUGUGUCAUGUAAUGUACAAGAGUAAUUCACCACAAUGGUCUGUAUGAGUAUUGCUUCCUCGGAGAAAACAUCAGACCUGGCCAUGGCAACAGUGACAGAGACCAGAGUGGAUAUGGAAGAAUCUCUGCCCCUUAAUAAAGUAAGAGGGCAUAAAACUCAAGAAAAAAACAGUGAUCGCAGUGUAAUCAGGGGAACUGCAACCAUAAUUCUAAUUGUAAUCCUUGUUGGAUUAAUAACUCUGAUCAGACACCUAACAAAUUCCCAGAGUACUAGGUCGAUCCAGAGCAAGGACCCUUCUUUCUUCCAUGACUGGUUUGUCAAUGCAGGAAGCAACAUCACCAUAGCCACAGAUCUCAGGGAGCUCACUAGAAGUUCACAUGUAGCAGGCACACCCCAAGACAUGGAAACUGCUUUGUAUGUAGAAAAUCACUUUCAACAAUAUGGGCUUUCAGUACACUCAGUAGAUUACAAGGUUCUGUUAUCUUACCCAGUCUCUAGAUCUCUCUUCCUGUCCUCACCCACAACAGAAAGAAAGAUUGAAGUAUGCUUGGAUGAAGGCCACAACAACAAAUUAGUAAUGCAACCUUUCCAUGCUGGAUCACCCUCUGGAACUGUUGUUGGUGAGGUGGUAUAUGUCAAUUAUGGACUUGAAAAGGAUUACAGAAGGCUUGCACAGAUGGGUGUGAAUGUAAGUGGAGCCAUUGUGAUUGCCAGAUAUGGUGAUGUCUACAGGGGAACUGUUGUCAGAACUGCUGCUAAAUUUGGUGCAAUUGCUGUCAUUAUGUACAGUGAUCCUCAGCAGUUCGGUGGAAAUGGAACACAAGGCUCUUUCCCCAAGUCCAAGUGGUUGCCCCCAGAUGGAGCCCAAUUUGGAACUGUAAUAAAAGGAAAGGGUGAUCCCUCUACUCCAGGAUGGCCGAGCACUGACAAUAGUGAAAGAGUAUCAGGUAUUGCAGACAAGUUUCCAAGCAUCCCUUCUAUGCCCAUCUCUGCAGAGGAAGCACAACAUAUUCUUAUCUCACUUCUAGGCCCUCCUGUUCCUUCUAAAUGGAGAGGAUCAUUAAACAUUCAGGGUGUGGGGAGAGGGCCAGGCGUUCUCAACUUUAGCUAUGUGGCUAACCAGACAAUGUCCACCAUUCGAAAUGUGUUUGCAGUAAUCAGGGGCUCUGAAGAACCAGACAGGUUUGUCAUUCUUGGAAACCAUCGGGAUGCUUGGGCUUAUGGGGCAGUGGAUCCUAAUAGUGGUACAGCUGCUCUUUUGGAGAUAGCUAGAAAAUUCGGUGCUCUGCUUGGGAAGGGAUGGCAACCAAGGAGAAGUAUAGUCCUCUGCAGUUGGGAUGCAGAAGAAUAUGGAAUGAUAGGAUCAACCGAAUGGGUUGAGCAAAAUUUCGGCAACCUAUAUGCAAAAGCGGUUGCUUACCUGAAUGUUGAUUGUGCUGUUCAAGGGCCAGGAUUCUUCGCAGGUGCUACGCCACAACUAGACGAUCUUCUCAUUCAAGUCACCAAACAGGUAAAAGACCCUGAUUCGAAAUAUAAGACCGUGUAUGAGUCUUGGACUGCAGCAAAUAGUAGAACGAAAGUGAAGAUUGACAGGUUAGGUGGAAGUGGGUCUGAUUUUGCAGCAUUUUUACAACAUGUUGGAGUGCCUUCAAUAGAUAUUUAUUUUGGUGAAUCUUAUCCAGUUUACCAUACCAUAUAUGAUCGCUUUGAAUGGAUGGAAAAGUUUGGAGACCCACUUUUUCAAAGGCAUGUUGCAGUUUCAUCUAUAUGGGGUCUUCUUGCCCUUCGUCUUGCUGAUGACCAUAUUCUUCCCUUUGACUAUAGUGCCUAUGCAAAUGAGUUGCAGAGGUAUGAAAUGUCACUUAAAGAAAAAAUAGGCACUUUCAAGGGUAUAACUAUUGAACCCAUCCAUAAAGCUAUAAAGAAAUUUCUAGAUGUUGCUUAUAACACUACUCAAGAAGCAAAGGUAUUAAGAAAAUAUAAAGGAGAUUCUCGUUUGAUUCUAAUGGGAAGGAUCUUUAAUGAUCGUUUAAUGCUAACCGAGCGAGCAUUUUUGGAUUCACGAGGCCUUAAGGGAAGGUCAUGGUUUAAGCAUUUGAUAUAUGCUCCUUCUCAAAACAAUGAAUAUAGUUUUGCUUCAUUUCCAGGAGUAAUAGAUGCAAUGGAAGGUGAGAGAAAUUCAAAUGAAGUGGGUGACAUAGAUGUACAACAUGAGAUUUGGAGAGUUUCUAGAAAAAUUACUCAAGCUGCUAUUGUUUUGGAGGGAAAGCUAACAUAAUAUUAUAUUGUUUGAGAAUUGACAUUGUAAAUGUCACACCUCAACAAUUUAAUGUUUAUAUGAAACCAAUUUCUUAUUAUUCUCACAUGUAUCACACUUCAAAUCAGAUAGAAUUAUUAACAACAAAACUUAUCUAUCUUGUAAAAUUAGGUAAAUUCUAAUCUCAAGGCUCAAGAUGAUCAAGUAUUGACCUACUAAGGUCAUUCAAGGUU